GGGGUCUAUGCACACCCGGAAGUGGGUGCGAGCCGGCCGGCUUGCGGGGGGGUGGGGCUAUGGCCGUCGCGACGACUGCAGUGGAGGGGGUCCCGAGUCGGGGAGCACCCGGGGAAGUGAUUCAUCUGAACGUAGGGGGCAAGCGGUUCAGUACCUCUCGCCAGACGCUUACCUGGAUCCCAGACUCCUUCUUUUCCAGUCUUUUGAGCGGACGCAUCUCAACCCUGAAAGAUGAGACCGGAGCUAUCUUCAUCGACCGGGACCCCACCGUCUUUGCCCCCAUCCUUAAUUUCCUGCGGACCAAAGAGUUAGAUCCCAGGGGUGUCCAUGGUUCCAGCCUCCUCCAUGAAGCCCAAUUCUACGGACUCACUCCACUGGUUCGUCGCCUGCAGGUGAGGGAAGAGUUGGAUCGAUCUUCCUGCGGAAAUGUCCUCUUCAAUGGUUAUCUACCUCCUCCAGUGUUCCCAGUGAAGCGGCGAAACCGGCACAGCCUGGUGGGGCCCCAGCAAAUAGGGGGACGCCCAGCCCCUGUUCGACGGAGCAACACGAUGCCCCCCAACUUGGGUAAUGCAGGGCUGCUGGGCCGAAUGUUAGAUGAGAGAGCACCUCCAUCCCCAUCAGGAGGUCAGGGCCAGUGGGCCCCUGUGACCCUGCUCUGCUCUGCUCUCUUACCCCCAAGGCCAACCAGAGGAGCCAGGGAUGGUGCGCCUGGUGUGUGGUCACCACAACUGGAUUGCUGUGGCAUAUACCCACUUUCUCGUCUGUUAUAGGUUGAAGGAAGCCUCGGGCUGGCAGCUUGCAUUCUCCAGCCCGCGCCUGGACUGGCCCAUCGAGCGCCUGGCUCUUGCGGCUCGGGUGCUUGGCGGUGCUCCGGGUGAGCAUGACAAGAUGGUGGCUGCAGCUACUGGCAGCGAGAUCCUUCUGUGGGCCCUACAAGCACAAGGUGGUGGCUCUGAGAUAGGUGUCUUCCACCUGGGUGUGCCAGUGGAGGCCUUGUUCUUUGUUGGGAAUCAGCUCAUUGCCACAAGUCACACAGGGCGCAUCGGUGUCUGGAACGCUGUGACCAAGCACUGGCAGGUCCAGGAGGUCCAGCCUAUCACGAGCUAUGAUGCAGCCGGCUCCUUCCUCCUCCUGGGCUGCAGCAAUGGCUCCAUCUAUUAUGUAGAUGUGCAGAAAUUCCCCCUGCGGAUGAAGGACAACGAUCUCCUUGUCAGUGAGCUCUACCGAGACCCAGCAGAGGAUGGGGUCACCGCCCUCAGCGUCUACCUCACCCCCAAGACCAGUGACAGUGGGAACUGGAUUGAGAUUGCCUAUGGCACCAGCUCCGGGGUGGUGCGGGUCAUUGUGCAGCACCCUGAGACGGUGGGCUCGGGACCCCAGCUCUUCCAGACCUUCAGUGUGCACCGCAGCCCGGUCACUAAGAUCAUGCUGUCAGAGAAGCAUCUUAUCUCUGUGUGUGCCGACAACAACCAUGUUCGGACGUGGUCUGUGACCCGCUUUCGAGGCAUGAUCUCCACCCAGCCUGGUUCCACUCCGCUGGCAUCCUUCAAGAUCCUGGCGCUGGAAUCUGUUGAUGGGCUCGGUGGCUGCAGUGCUGGCAAUGACAUUGGUCCCUAUGGUGAACGGGAUGACCAGCAGGUGUUCAUCCAGAAAGUGGUGCCAAAUGCCAGUCAGCUAUUUGUGCGUCUCUCUUCCACUGGGCAGCGGGUGUGUUCUGUGCGCUCGGUGGAUGGGUCUCCCACGACUGCCUUCACAGUGUUGGAGUGUGAGGGCUCCAGGCGGCUGGGCUCCAGACCCCGACGUUACCUGCUCACUGGUCAGGCCAACGGCAGCCUGGCCAUGUGGGACCUGACCACUGCCAUGGAUGGCCUGGGCCAAACUCCUGCAGGCGGCCUGACAGAAGAAGAGCUGAUGGACCAACUGGAGCAAUGUGAGCUGAGCCCAUUGGCUUCCUCUCGGGGCUCUUUCCCCAGCCCCUCACCCAGGACCUCUCUUACCAGUCUCCACUCAGCCUCCAGCAACACCUCCCUGUAUGGCCCCAGAGGGAGCCCCAGCCCACCACAGGCAGAGGCCCGUCGCCGCGGGGCAGGAAGCUUCGUGGAUCGGUGUCAGGAACUGGCAAGGGGUGCGCCAGAGCUCAGAUGGCCGCCAACACCAGCCCCUCGACCCUCCACCAGUCUUGGGAAUCCCCUGACAGCUCUCAAGAAAACUCUUAACGAAACUUCCUUUUGAAUCUAGCCACCAAUGUGCCUUCAUGUGGACUGGUCCCAGGGGACUUGGAACUGGGGAGGGGGCUUCCUGUUGGAGCCAGGGCCAGGGGCUCCUUGGUGUAAUCUGUGUCGCCAGGUUCCCACCUCUCUCCUUUUCUAAAAGCCAAAGCCACUAUCUCCAAUAAAACCGUCACUGCCAACACUGUU